CACAUGAUCCUCGCUUCCUCCGGUUCUGGAGCGGCUGACACACUGCAGGGCAAGUAUCACCACGACAUAACUUUAACUACUUCAUCCACUACAAGUACAUAAUAAGACCACCAACCACCGUGCAGCGGUUCAACGUGCGUUCGUCAGGGUUCUGCUGUAGUCUGACAGGAGUUCUUCGGUUGCUGGUCCAAAACCUCAGAAGGCUGCUCUUGUAUUGCUCUACUUAUUAAUCCAGUCCGAUCAAGACGUCAGACAGCGGGUCAAAGUCACCCAGCUGCGCCCCGCGGAGAUAAGAGAUGCACUUCGGAUAUGAAUAGUGUUUGAGACGACCCGAGGCUGUCGUUUGAAGUGCUAUUCCGCUGUGUUCUGUAAGUCCGAAGGAGAAGAUGCCUUCUAACGGGAGCGUGUCCGACGCCCCGAUCACCCAGUUCAUCAAUUGCCGAAUACUCAAAGAGCACACGCUGCAAAGGGAGGACCUGUGGGUUCGGGACGGCCGCAUCCUGGACCCGGAGAAGCUGUUCUUUGACGAGCAGGGCUACGCCGACCGCCAGCUGGACUGCGGGGGCGCCAUCCUGGCCCCCGGCUUCAUCGAUGUGCAGCUCAACGGGGGCUACGGCGUCGACUUCUCCACGCCGUCGGAGGACCCCGGCGCCGGUGUGGCCUUCGUGGCCAAGAAGAUCCUGGAGCACGGAGUCACGUCCUUCUGCCCGACGCUAGUUACGUCGCCCCCUAGCGUCUACCACAAGGUCCUCCCUGAGGUCAAAGUUCAGAGUGGAGGGGUGCAUGGUGCCGGCGUUCUGGGGGUCCACCUGGAGGGGCCGUUCAUCAGCCUGGAGAAGAAGGGCGCCCACCCCGAGCAGUUCCUUCGGACCUUCGGGGGGUCUGGGGGGGUGAACCCCCUGCUGGAGGUCUACGGUGGCCUGGACAACGUUUCCAUGGUGACGCUGGCGCCAGAGCUGGCCGGCAGCCAAUCAGUGGUGGAGGAGCUGAGUCAGAGAGGCGUCACUGUGUCCCUAGGGCACUCGGUGGCUAACCUGUCUCAGGCGGAGGAGGCGGUUCAGCAGGGAGCGUCCUUCAUCACACACCUCUUCAACGCCAUGCUACCAUUCCACCACCGGGACCCGGGCAUCGUGGGGUUAUUGACGAGCAACCGGAUCCCCGCCGGCCGCUCGGUGUUCUACGGGAUGAUCGCCGACGGGAUCCACACCAACCCGGCGGCGCUGCGCAUCGCCCACCGGGCGCACCCCGCAGGUCUGGUCCUGGUGACCGAUGCCAUCAUGGCCAUGGGCCUCCCCCCCGGGCGCCACACCCUGGGCCAGCAGGUCAUCGAGAUCCAGGGGCUCCACGCCUACGUAGCAGGAACCACGACUCUGAGCGGCAGCAUCGCCACCAUGGACAUGUGUGUCCGCCACUUCCAACAAGCCUCAGGUUGCAGCGUUCCUGAGGCUCUGGAAGCAGCUUCCCUCCAUCCCGCUCAGCUCCUUGGGAUCAGCCACCAGAAAGGAAGCCUGGAGUACGGCUGUGAUGCGGACCUGGUGCUGAUGGAUGACCAGAUGGUCCUGGAGGCCACCUAUAUCUCGGGGGUGGAGGUGUGGAGGAAGUGACAUCAGCCAUGGAAGACCUCAACAUGCAGGUACUAGAGAUGUCCACCAGAGGGCGCCAGUGUCCCGGUGACGACCCUUCCUGUGAUGAGGGGGAGGGUGCAGCCCCCCAGGUGACGACAGAGAGACCGCUACAGGACGUGAUGCAGACCGCUGGUGCCUUCAGGAUGCAGUCAUAGUGGUGGUGAUGAGGGUGAACAUGUACUCUUUAUAUACAUUACAGAUGACAGUUUUGUCUGAGAUAUUAUAUGGCUUCCGAUUUCAUGUCACAUUCAACACAACGAGAGAAAACUACUUUUGUAAUUUGAAAUAAAUAUUUACACAAUGCCCGAGA